AUGGUGCCAUUGCAGAGUACAAAGCGAACAACACAGGCCCAUACGCACCAUACAUCGUAUGCAGCCCAAUCACUUACUGACUACCUCCCGGUGGACACGCCCGACGAACUCGUCGCCGGCUACGCGGCACAGAAAUCGAUCCUGCACGAACCCUUCCUUUCCAACAACUCCGCCAUCCUCGAGCAUCUCUUCCAAGGCUCACCCAGAGGCACAGCAAUCCUCCUCAAGCCCUUCUCACGCGGCACCAUCCGACUAAAUGCCACCAAUCCUCUUGGUCCGCCAAUCGUCGACUACCGUCUCCUCAGCAACCCUAUCGAUCUACAGCUCCACGUCCGCAUGCAACAGUAUCUCCGCCACCACUUCGUGACCUCCCCCACCCUCGCACCACCCGGCCCUGUAGAACUCGAUCCCGGUUCUUCCCUACCGUCCGACAAGGACGUUGAGAACUGGCUCAUCAAGCAGAAUAAGCUGUCGGCGAGUAACGCGCACCAAGUUGGCACCGCGGCGAUGAUGCCAAGGGAGCUGGGUGGAGUGGUGGAUGGGGAGUUGAGGGUGUAUGGGACGAAGGGUCUGAGGGUCGUGGAUUGUAGUAUCAUUCCGUUGAUUCUGGGGGCGCAUACUAUGGCGACUGCGUAUGCGAUUGGAGAGAAGGCUGCGGAUCUGAUCAAAGCUGCGUCUGACUAGAACCCGAGUAUAUGGGCAAUGGUUAUUAUGAAUUCGUGUGUUAGAGCAUGGCCAUGGCACUGGGAAAGGGCUGUAUCAUCAGCCUGAAGCUCUCCUUCUUCAACAGUCUUGAGCAAUUGUUGUUGGAAGAUACGUCGAGUCGACAGCGGAGAUACCAUUUUGUCUAGUCAUGUGCGAACUUGCUGAUACGAUUAUCAUUCCGUAGCUUGAUUUUUCGUCUUCUACAUCUGAUCAGAGGAGCUGCAAACGCACCUGAAAGGAG